AUGACCAUUGCUGUGAAGGAAUCAAAAAUACUGUAUGGGAAUUUCGACAAGGCCAAAUCAGGUAUCAUGAAAGGCUCUGGAGGUAUCGUAGAGCAGGGCCCGGGGCUGCAGCAGCGGAUCAUCACACCCGCGAAGGAGAUGCCGCCGGAAAUACCACAUGUGGAGUUCAACCAGCUACCGCUCUCCGUGCUGAUCAGAAACCUAACGGUGUAUGCGGCGAAAGAACUGAGCCAGUACAUGAAGACAAACGUCCGGUCCACGCAGGAUGCAAGCACUCGGAAGAUGGAGUUCCUCAGACUUAUCAUAUUUCUGCGGAAUCAGUUCUUGCGAUUAUAUGUACUGGUGAAGUGGUGCAAGACGAUCCGGCAGAAUAACUUCCACACAAUGAUCGAUCUUCUGAACUGGUUCCGCGGCACCAACAUCAUUGUGAACAACUGCCUUUUGGCGCUAAAGGACAUGAGUACAAGUAUGGCCGGGGCUAAGCUACCAAAUCCGGACUUGAUAACAGCGCUAGAGGUGCUGAUGCUUGGACGACCCGACCUUCCUACACAUGGGUUUCUACUGACCGGCGACGAAAAUGGGCAGCAAGCCAACAAAAUACCUGCGAAGUUGAUUCUCAAGCGAUUCCGCGAUCUGAAUACAUGCCUGUCGGUCAAAAUAUCUCUCAUGGACCUUCCUGCAGAGAUGCACACUUACUCGAUCAAAGACGGGAGGAUCACAUUCACCGUGUUUCCAGAGUUUGAAAUAUCGCUGUCUACUAUAGAUCGAGAGUCGCCUCUCUUCUUCGUUGACGUUAAAUUUCUAUUCAACGAGAACAAAUUUCCAUUGAACACAACGAAGAUUGCUCUAUUGGUUAACGAUAUCCUUUACAAGAGUCCUACUCCUUUGCUAUCUUUAUAUCAGUUUCUCCAUCGCUACGUUCUUACUUUGCAGCUGUACAUGAUACACGUUGAAUUGCAAGAUAUCGAAACUAAUGGAAAGUACUCUGGCGGUAACCUGGCCCAUCACUAUGACCCUAAGAAAAAUAUAAUAUCUCUACGAUAUUGGCUACAGAGUAAAAUGAACUCCAAAUGCAAGGCGCUAAUUGGGGUAGAAAAAACUUCACAGUCUAUUAUACUGCAAUGGCACCUCCCGGAUACGAAAGAAGAAGGUAAGACGACGAAAUACAAUAACCUUUUGGGAAAUAUAGAAGCAAUAUUAGAUGAGAUAACCUUUAAUCAUGCGAGAAUCAUUAUGUCAGAAUUAUUGGACACCGGCUUGUUCGAGGGUGAUGACAACAAAAACGAUACUUCCGACACAUUAUUUUUUCAUGUCCCUGUCAUAUGUGUUGCUACAGCUCCCGUGCAACUUAAAAUAAACACUAUAAGUGGUAUUUUUUACUUCAAGAAUCCAAGCGCACUAUUACUAUCGUACGCAAAACAGCUCAACCAAACUUCUGAUUUGGAUGACGUAGUCAAUAUUUUGGAACGGUUGCGUAUGGAUAAGAUUGUACACAUUCUCAGGAAUAUGUUUGAAAAAACUGGCUGGAUAUGCGAGGAUGUCGUUAAGUUAAACAAGCCAAUAUUGUAUGACAAGCACAAAGAUAAAAAACGGAUCCUAACCCGUGAUCUCUUCAUUAGAAUAAAAGAUUGGCCCGCCAAUUGGUUUUUCAUCCUGAAUUUGGUAGCCUCAGGAGCAACGUGUAUUGUUGAAAAGUUAAUUGGUAAAGUCCAAUCUGUAAAGGGUACAUGGGAGGUGAAAUACCUCGACCAAGGAAAUUUACAGGUUUCCAAACUAGAAAGCAUAACCUACCAAAAUGUCAUGCACAUGCAAAAGACAAUCAUACAAAAAAUUCUGAACCACAUGAUCAUUGAUUCGUUGAAUGAAUUGAAAAUUUCAAAAGUAAUCUGCCAGGGAGAGGCGUCGCAAAAAUUACCUGCCUACGUCCAGACGAAUACUGCUGGUGCCUCUAAUGUGUCAAUCAUUGCCAUUGGGUUAGAGUCAUUUUUGCAGGGCUCUAAAGCCUUGAGCGAUACCUUGGAAAGCACAAUAUUUCUCAAAAUGGAUUAUGAACAAAACGAGGUGAAACUGUUCGGAAAGUUCAAAAAGGAUACCCAGAUGAUUCGGUACCAAUGUGAUGAUCUUCUUAUAAAUUUUAUCGAUAAGCGCGGCCUUGCAUUCCAUAUGACCGAGGACUUCACCAGUUUAAAUCAUGUCGUUCAAUAUCUGACCAAGUUCAGACAGAAGCUGAUGCAACUGGUUGUUUUAACCGAUGUCACUGAAAAGCUGCAUAAUAAUUUUCGUUCUGAGCACUUUCAGAUUGUUAAACUAAGGCCCAAUGAGAUCAGUUUCAGAUACCUGAAAAAUAGUAAAGAUGAUCAAGAUUGUACUAUUCAAAUAGUGACCAAUGAGACUAAAAUCGAAAAACUACAAGUUCAGCUAUCGCCAUUAAAUCCUCAAAACAUCAUUCAGAAGUACCUGGAGUGUGACAAGUAUGAUCCCCAUUUCAUUUUCAACUACCUACACUUUACCUCGAAACUCUUUUCCGCGGUAAAAAGUAUUGAAUCCAUCACAAAUACCAACACUAUGACAAUCACCCUACAUCUGCACACACUAGCCGCAUACCAACUGAGUUACCAUGAUAGAUUAACUGGCGGACAAAUUGCGCUGUGUAUUGACCUACGGAAUUCGCCGUCUAGAGCGGGUUCAAUGUACCAUCUCUAUUUUGCGCAGGAAGACUACUCCGCAAGCAAGAACCCAAUGUACCCUGCCAUCCUCCAGGUGAUUAACAACGUAUUUAUGCUCAACAACAAUACGAAGAGGAAAGUUCCGUCUGUCAUUAGGCUAGGAACCGGUGUUGCAUGUCCGCUCGGUGAUAUUGAGCCGCUGCUCGAGGAGAUACAUUCUAUCCUAAUUCGAUCAUGA